GCUUACUAUCAAAAUAAAAAGUGUAGUUUCCAAAGCCCAGCCCAUCGGAUGUUAAGGCCCAGAUCAUUGAUUAUCACUAAUGGCGAGGUCCAUGGCUCGCCGAAAUCCUCCGUCGCCCGGGAGCGAGGAGAAGAUCAGAAGAACAAGGCGCUGUAUUGAAAUUGACAGUAUGAAAGACAUUAUUGUGGCCAGAUGCCUUCGUCGGUAUAUGACGAAAAAUGAAACAAUGGCCUAUUUAUACAUUGAAGAACGCCGAGAACCUGCAUACGCUGAACUGAUCUGGGAAGAACUAGAGAAUCAGAAUCCUACAUUCUUCAGGCUUUACAAUACGUUGGCUGUGAUCAAGAAACAGGUUGAAAAGUACAAUGAGCUCCUCGUGCAUCAGAAAAUUGCCAUGAAUCAGAGAAAUUCUAACGGUGAUCCAUCGCGCAGUACAACAGCUAAUGUUAGCAACCAAGAUUUGCCCAGUGGAGUUCCUUCUGUAGCCGUACCUAAUGGUAGCACAUCGGCUUACGUUAGCAACCGAAACUUUCCCAGGGGAGUUCCUUCAGUAUCUCUUCCUAAUUGUGAUCCAGCAGGUAUUCCAUAUAGCAACCGAAACAAUAUUCAAAAUAACCCAUGCAACACUCGGGCUUAUAUGGGCAAUCCUGGGAACGUGCAACAAUAUACAUGCAACGCAUCACCUCUUGUUGCCAACAUGAAUCACAACAUGUAUCCUUCUUCGAUGAAUACUAGAAUUUAUGGGCCUAAUUCCCCAAACCAAAGGCCUCAGUUUGCAAUCCGAGGUUCUCAUUUUCUGACAACGUGUCCUUCGACAAGAAUGAAUCAAAGUACAGAUCAUAGAAUGAAUCCUAGGACGAUGAUGUAUCCUUCACCUGGAAUCCAUAAUAAUGGGAUAAAUACCGAUCCAAGGAUAAGCACACCAGAGACUAUAAUCAGAAACUACAGUCCAGAUUCACUCCGACUAGCAGUGAACCGGCCAUUUGAUGCAGGGAUGCAAGAUCAUGAUCAACAACUGCUAGACAUCAUGAACGCGGCCAACGCCUCUUUGCUUCGCGAAACUGGGAUGGAUGUCAAUAGCAUCCUGGAUAGUGGUUUGUUUUCGGAGGGCAUGUCGAACGAUACGCAAAAUGAAGACAACUGUACACGAGGAGAAGACGGAAGUGGUUCUGGUUAUCCUUGCCAGAGGUUUGGGUAGAAAUGCUCUCGAGGUUUGCUGAAGAACCGAGCAGCACAAGGGGCACAUUCACGCACAAGCAAAUUCAAGCAUAUGUGCUUUUGCUUGUUGCCUUUUCUUGUAAUUUUGUAGAUAUCUUUUCUUUUUUGUAGUUUUGGAUUUUUCCGGAUUAAUUUGUAAAUAGCUCUGAUUUUUAGAACAUGAAGAAACAUUGACACCCUGCUUUAACAAAGGUGU